AUGCAACUUGACCAUGGCGAUCGUCGACCUUCUCAGCGACUUCCUGUCAACCCUCGGCGCCACAAGGUAGCCCCCGAGCAUCGCAAACGAGUGGCCACGGCGUGCAAUAGCUGUAAUGUCCGCCGAAUUAAGUGCUCUGGAGAUCGCCCUUGCAGCCAAUGCGCCUCGACCUCCCGCGACUGUGUGUACCCGACAGUUGUAGAGAAGGUCUCCGUACCUCGAGCCGAGCUGGAUGACUUGCGAAAGAAGGUUGAAGUCUACGAGAAAGCCUUGCAAGAUGCGGUAGCUGAUCCGACGAGACGCCAAGAGCUUUUGCAUCACGCCGCCAGCCCCGAGUCCUCAUCCUCAACGAGCCCGUUCGCGAGUGCCAUUCAGUCGGCUAAUGGAGCGGCCAACACGACUCCCAGUCACCCAUCAGGAACCAACUCUAUCAAGACCGAACCCACCGAUGAUGACCAAGUUCUUAGUCCCGGCCGCUUGCUUCAAGAUGCCGAUGGCAUGGGCAGAUAUAUGGGGGAAACCUCGGGUGCCACCUUCUUGGAUCACCUCAAGGAGUUGAUGGGUGCAGCUCUACCCACCUCACCCCAAGAUCAUCCUGCCAGAGUUGACCAGAGUAACUUCUUGUCAAGCCUGGGGAACUACACCGUCGACGACCAGCGCCCGCUCAAUCAUGCAGUGAACCCUCUGUGGCUACCGCCUGACAGCACCAUAGCAGUCGUCUUAUCCGAGUUGCGACACUUCAUCCAGGACGGUGGUGGUCAGUGGCCGAGUGGUGGUAUCUACUGGUGGGGAGACUUGGGCACAGUUCCAAUUCGGGCUCCAGCCUCACCCUCGCCGGAGACAGAUCUGAGUGCGUAUCGACAUCUCGCUUUCUAUCAUGCUGCCCUCGCCGUUGCAUGCCAAAGCACCACGACGCAGCCACCACCAAGCUCGGAUUCCCACCCAUCUCUGAGUGAGCCUUAUUAUGCGCGGGCGGCUAUGCUCCUUGGCAAUCCCUUAGAGAUCAAGCGCCGUACCAUUGGUGAUGUCGCAUCUCUUGCCAUGAUGAGCUUCUAUCUUGUCGAGACAAACCGCCCAGAUGCAGCCUACAUGUAUGUUACUGCUGCCAUGCACAUUAGCAUCAUGCUCGGAGCGCACAGAGGUUGGGUUGACGAGCGAGGCAAGAGAGUUUUUUGGUCUGUCUACUGUCUUGACCGAUGGUUGAGCUGUCUCACUGGGCGACCUCCCACAAUUACGGAUGAGGCCAUCCAAUUGCCAUUGCCAGCAGACGAACCGUCGAUGCCUUCUGCCUCCGGGCUUAGGGCUCAUGUCGAGCUUUCUCGCAUAUCGGGCCAUGUUGUUGGCAACACUUAUCACUCAGCGAAGAUUGAAGCCGGAACUCGUCAACCAGACAACGCCAUUUGGAUGCUUGAACAAUGGCAGUCUGCCCUGCCACCGACCUUGCAGCUUACCGACGGAUUAAGUAAUGACCCAGCAAGUUGCUUGCUUCAUAUGAGAUACAACCAACUUCUCAUCGUGGCUAUUCGACCACUCUUUCUAUCUGCGGUCAAACGCGCAGUUGCUGAUCGUUUAAUGGCUCAAACUACAACAAUGGACAGUGUCCCACAGGUUGAGCAUCUCAAAUGCUGCAUUUCCGCCGCAUCACGUAACGCGGUACUCGCUCGACAUCUUUCGACAUUGAACGGCCACCGCAAGACUUUGCAUGCAGGGUUGCAUUUUAUUUUCCAUGCUGCUGUCUGCCUUAUUCUUCGGCCCUUAGUUUUCAGAGAGCAAUCUACACAAGAGGAUGCCAUUGCCGCUAUGAACGACGUCGAUUACGCCAUCGAGAAGAUGCUGGAAGCUGCCUCCAAGGGCAACACAGAUGGUCAACGCUGUGCCGAAACGCUUCAAGAGCUUCGCAAUUUGGUGGAAAGACUGACCGCACCCGUGGGCCGUGAUCCAAUGCUUGGCAUGGCGUCUUCAUCGGCGCCACCCAUAGCACCACACCUUGGUUCACAAGAUCUUCCGCCGCCUCCCAUGCCAAUAGGGGACGAUCCCGUGCUCUACGACGAAUUAGUGACGUGGAUGGGCGACGAUUGGCCAAUUUACAACAAUUAUGUGAAUGAAUAA